CGAACGCGUCGGCACGUUUGGCAAGUACUUUGACAAACUUCAGAGACAUCGCAGAUAUGGCUACCACAGCACCAGCAGAGACAGUGCCUGUUCCUCCAGCAGAGUAUUCUGCUAAGCAGAAUGGGGCUCAUUCCUCAAGGCAACAUGAGGAGUACCAGUAUUUGGACCUCGUGCGCGAGAUCCUAGACGAGGGGGAACAUCGGCCUGACCGCACUGGAACUGGUACAUAUUCCAUCUUUGCGCCCCGACCGCUGAAAUUUAGCCUCAAUAAGAACGAAACGCCCAUCCUUCCGCUCCUCACAACGAAACGUGUUUUUACUCGAGGCGUCAUUGAGGAACUGCUCUGGUUCGUUGCUGGAAGCACGUCUUCAAUCCCAUUGAGUGAGGCCGGCAUCAAGAUCUGGGAUGGCAAUGGGUCACGAGAGUUCCUCGACAGCGUGGGCUUGUCGCAUCGUGAAGUCGGGGAUCUGGGUCCCGUAUACGGCUUCCAGUGGCGUCACUUUGGUGCCGAAUAUGUAGAUGCGAAGACGGAUUAUACCGGCAAGGGUGUCGAUCAACUAGCAGAUGUGAUUCACAAGUUGAAACAUAACCCUUAUGAUCGCCGGAUCAUCAUGAGCGCGUGGAACCCCGCCGAUCUGAAGAAGAUGGCAUUGCCCCCGUGUCAUAUGUUCGCACAGUUCUACGUUUCCUAUCCGCGAAGCGGAACGAACGCAUCAGGAGAGGGCCAAAAUGGAGAGAAGCCAAAGGGCCAUCUUCACUGCCAGCUGUAUCAACGAUCCUGUGACAUGGGUCUCGGUGUCCCAUUCAACAUUGCUAGCUACUCUCUUCUGACACAUAUGCUCGCGCACGUCUGCGAUCUCGUUCCUGGUAGCUUGACUCACGUCAUGGGCGACGCACAUGUGUAUGUGGAUCACGUCGAUGCGCUCAAGACCCAGUUAGAACGGGAACCUCGAGAAUUCCCCGAGCUGGAAAUAGCACGGGAGAAAGGUGGAAGCAUUGACGGCUGGAAGCUGGAGGACUUUGUCAUCAAGGGAUACAACCCCCAUAAGACCAUUGCCAUGAAAAUGUCUGUUUGAAGUUUGCUUUGGCUGGAUUGGAUUGAUUGAUAUAUAGAUGAUUUGGACGAAAAGCUCUACGGUUACACUAGCGGCUCUUAAUGCAGGGCAUAGAGGAAUGAAUAUCAUUUCACAACGUGUUACGAUAGUGUGUUGGUACCAAGCUGCGAAAAUUUAAGUAUCCAUUUAUUA